UGUUAUUUCUAUUUGACCGACGCGUGUGAUUGCUAUUGUACUGAUUUUUCUUUUUGUUUUUGUUAAUGUUAUUUACCUAAUUUGUUCUGCUUUGCAUUUAUGAAUUGUUAACGGAAUAAAGCAAAGCAUUAUUUAAACGAAGCCACAACAGCACAGCCAAAAUCAGCUAGGGCCUGACCAUGGAGCCCACAGCUGCCGGCAAUCUGCUGGAGAUCAUGGAUCUGGCACGCACCCUGCGCCAGGAGCAGCUCUUCAUUCAGCACGAGCAGGCGGCCUUUGCCCAGCUCACCGGUGCGCUGGAGACCAAUGCGGCGACAAUAACAAAGCUGGCGUACAUCUGCGCUCAACAAAGACAGAACCUGCAUGAUCUGCUGCUGGCCAGAACGGAUCACGAUCCGCUUCUCUGUUGCCGACGUGCUAGCGCCUACGACAAUGCCCCAUUUAUGGAUGCCAAACAGGUGUUGCCCUACGAGCACGCUCUUGCCUAUGAGGAUCUGUUCAACUAUUUGUACAACGCGCCAUAUUUGCUGGCCCUGUCGCUGGCCACAGCGGAUCGCCUGUCGCUGCUGGCGCCGGCGCAGCUGGGUCAGAUCGUGAAUACAAUCGCAACAGGUCUCUAUGGGAAUGCGAUCAACACAAAGGAUGUGGAGCUGCUGCUGAAGCUACUGCGGGAGCUGAUCGAGCUGCAGCUGCUGAGCAGCGAGCAGCCGCGUCGUCUGCUGCGUACAAAUGGCAGCGCCUUUGCCCGGCUCUAUCAGCGGCUGGUGGAGUCGCUCUUCUCGGCGCGCAUCUUUCUGACGGCGGCGCUGCAUGAGCCGCUGAUGGCGGUGUUGAGCGAGCACGAGGUGCUGCUCGAUGUGGAUCCACACAAGCUGCUGCAGAGCUUUACGGCGCGCGAGCGUCAACGUCGCUUUGGCGAGGAUGAAGGCAGUGCGGACUAUCAGCGGAAUGUGGCGCGCUUCCAUGCGGAUACCCUGGGCAAGUUGCACAGCCAUGCACAGGCAUUUGUGCGCUGCUUGCAACAGAGCUGGGCGCUCUUUCCCAGCUCACUGCGCUGGCUGCUGCAGACGCUCGGCCAGCAGCUGCGCCAGACGCAACGCCACAGCGACUAUGAGAUACGUCAACUGCUCGCGGAUCUGGUCUUCACGCACUUCAUUUGCCCGGCCAUUGUCAGCGCCGAUCUGCUAGGCAUCAUUGAUGUCAACGUGAACGAGCAGAUGCGUCACAAUCUCAACCAGAUUGUGCAGCUGCUGCAGCGCAUGGCGCUAAGCGAUGAGCCCAGCGAGCUGACCCAGCUGAUGGAGCUGCUGCUGCUGGGCCAGACGGGCGAGGAUGUGGUGGCCAUUCUUCCGCAACAGAGCGACUUUGACCGCGCCCAGCUUGCCAUCAAUCAGCGCGAGCUGCAGCAAUUCGCCGACUUCUUUCGCCUGCUGGCUGCACGCGACGAAUACGAUGUGUCCGCCGAGGAGCGGCAGCGGCUGCAGCGUAUCCUGUUGCGCAUACCCAAGUCAGGAGCACAGUUGAGUACAGCAGCGUCUUCCAUGCCCGCCGCCGCCGAUGCGCUCACGUCCGAGAAGAAUGGUAAACGCUCGAACAAGGGACUCAUGCGGCUUGGCAAGGCCACCAAAAAGAAGCUGGCCAAGGGCAUGAGCUUUAGCAGCACCAACAACAACAACCAGAACAACAACAAUAACAACAGCAGCAGCAGCGGCACCCACGCCCCAGAGCUGGGCAAUGGCAGCACAGCAAAUGGACAAUCUUCAGGGGCCAAUGGAGAUCUAGAGCAGUGCUCCUCCUCGCACAGCGGCAGCAACACCAGCCUCAGCUCCUGUGGAGGCACCACCAACGGAGCAGCUGGGGCAGCUGCAGCUGCAGCUGCAACUGCAACUGUUGCAGCCGGGCCAACUCUACCAGAUGCUGCAGCAGAUGCUGCGGACGGGGAUGAGCCGGUGCUGAUGUUUAGCAUUUAUAAUGCGGCUUCCAAGAGCAAACUAAAGCCACUGACCGAGGAGGAUUUGCUGAAGAUGAACUGCAUCGGGCAGGAUAUUGUACCGGUAGCAGUUGCAGCCGCAGCUGCAUCCUCCAAUGCGGAUGAUGUCAGCAGCUUGGAGGCGAUGCGUCGACCCCAGGACGACGCCUCAAUUGCCAACUCGGACAAUCUGGAGGCGAUCAGCGAAGCGGCACAUUCCGCAAAUCAUUCGGUGGCCAGCUCACUGGAUCUGGAGGAGCAGCAGGAGCGCGAUGUGCACGAUGCCGAAAACGAUGAUAAUCUAUCGGACAUGGUCUCCGCCAAUGUGUCCGGCCGUGGCACGCCCAACAUUAGUGGCCGGGACACGCCGUCGUCCCAGGUAACCGAUGGCGAUGGCGCCGGCGGCGAGCUGGCCCAUCAUGCGGCACGCCCGACGCCACAGAUGCAAAAGAUGCUGCUAUCGAAGGCGCGCUCCGACAUCGAGGACAAGUUCUGCAAGUUCGAGCUGAAGAAGUUCGAGGGCGAUGAGAAUGUGAGCAUCAUUUCGGACACCUGGUCGACGGAUGUGCUGGCCAGCGAUUCGGAGAACACGCUGGAUACCACCAUUGAGCGAGAGCGGGACAGAGACAGGGAGCGCGAACGCAACUUUUCCACGCCCCUGAUACCAACCGCUGUGGUGCUGCCCGGCGACAAUAACAACUUUGUGGUAGAAGCGCUCGCACGAGCCGCUGCUCCGGCGCUGGACGCCUCCGAUCAGCGUUCCGAGUCCAAUUGGAGCACCGAUGUGCUGGCCAGCGAUUCCGAGAAGCUGGCCGAGAUCGAUACGGACGAUAAUGCGAGCAUAACAGCCAAAUCGGACACUGCCGCCCCACUGGCGCCAGCUGUCAACCUCGAUGAUGGCGAUCAGACGCCGGGCAGCAGCGGCGACGGCGAUGCGGAUGGAGAUCCGGAUGCCGACGGCAAUGGCAAUGCUGGCAGUGCCAGCGAGCGCAGCCAGGAGGACUCGGCGUUCUUCGAUGCGGUCAAUUCGUACGACGAUGCGCAUCAUUAUCAUGCGGCCUCGUCGCUAGCGCGCAGCUCGGUGCGCACCAGCUACCAUGGCCUGGGCAGCGACAGUGCCGACAGCAGCUUCCAGCAGCAGUACAAAUGCAGCGCAGCGGAGGGCAGGAAGAGCACCCCGCUCAUGGGCACCGCCUGCAUGCGGCGCCAGACCUCGGCCGAGAGCAGCAUUUCCAAUCAGAGCCUCAAUCUGGAAGAGCCGACGUCCACCAAACAGCUGCAGCUGCAGCAGCAGCAACAAGAAAAACACCAUCAUCAUCACCACCACCACCAUCAUCAUCACCACAAGAAGAAGAAGCAACAGCAGCAGCUGCUGCUGCACGCAGCAGCCAGCAAUCAGCAUGAUCUGAUCGACUUCAGUGACUACAGCGAGGACAAGGAGGAUCCACCCGGUCUGGUGCAGCAGCUGCUGGACAGGUUUGGGGACGACCAGCAUUUGCGGGGUGGUGUGCAGCAUCGUCGCAUUUCCAUGGAACAGCGCACGGCCAGCGUGGAUGGGCGACGCAAUGGCAUACUGGCCGGCGGCGGUGAGCGCCGGCAUCAGAGUCUCAAUUAUGAAAAUCACGAGAUAAUGCUGCAUGCCAUGUUGCCCGCCGAGGCCAAAACGGACGAUGAUAAGCAGCAGGAGCAGGAGCUGCAGUUGCUUUGCGCCCAGGCACAGCAGCUGCAGCUGCACGAUGAUCCGCCCAACCCUGCCGCCAGCCAGUCCAAACCCAGCAAGGCCACUGGCGCCAUACCAAAGAGCAUCAGCUUCGAUGCCAGCGCGGACAAGGAGAAGCAUCGCGCCGGGCAGCGGGAUCAGCGCGAGCAGAGCGCUGGCAUUCUCAAUAAACUGAAGCAAGGCAUCUUCAAGAAUCGGCGCGGCAACAACAGCAAAUCGUCUUCCUCUGCAGCCAGCCAGCGCUUGGCCAGCGGCAGCAUCGGCAACAACGUCAACAACGGCAGCCACAGCGGCGGCAUCAACGAUCCAAAUCGCACCGUCAGCUUUGAUCCGGGCGCUGCAUGCGUCAGCUACGGCGCCCACUACUGUGAUAGCAGCGAAGACAUUCUGGCCAAAUACAGGCGCAAGGUCAGCAGCUCCAGCGAAGCCACCAAUUCCGACUCCGCGGGCAAUGGCCACGGUCUGCCCUCAGCGCACGGCCAGGCCAUUAACGGCGGACAAUUACCUGGCGUGGUGUUCAGCAGUGUUAAACAGAAGCUGCGCACGGUCCUUUCCAAGACUGAUCUGCACAGCGGCGAUUUCCGGCAGACAACGUUGCGCCCGCUGGAUGCGACGCCUCUGCAGACUUACCUCCAGAUCCAGCUGGCGCAGUGCACCAGUCUGCAGCGUUUACCACAGAUCUCGUAUGUGUCGGAGGCGCUGCGCUGUUUGGCGCAACUGGAGCGGCCGCAGCAUGCCCAGCUGCUGCUGGAACUCCAGCACGAUAUGCAGCGCAGGCAAAGCUAUCUGCAGUACCUGCUCGUGCAUCGCCAGCAGCUGCUGUUGCGCGCCGAGCAGUUGGAGCAGCUCGAGGAGCGACUGCGUGGCGAGGCGCGCAGCUGCCAGCGCUGCCUGCUGCAGUCGCUGGUGCGUUUGUAUUUGGGACGGCAGCAGGCGAAGCUGCAGACCUUCCAGGCCGAGUUCGCGCUGCUCAGCGUUAGCGACGAGCGGCUGGAGCUGAUCGAGGAGUUUGUCGAGAGUCUGUUGCAGGAGUUGCGCGAGGGCGGCCUCCAGGACGAUUGGCAGCGAGAGGCAGCACGCGUGGCCAUUGAGCGACUGCUGAUGGAGCAAAUGUACGAGCAGGUGAUGUUUCCCAACGAGGAUGCUGACGUGUCAAGAGACGGUGUGCUCGCGGCGCACAUUGGCAAGCUGCAGCGAUUUGUGCAUCCGGCGCAUCCUGCGCUCUGCAUUGCCCAGGAGUAUCUGGGCGAGGCGCCCUGGACGUUUGCCCAGCAGCAGCUGUGCCACAUGGCCGCCUACAAGACGCCGCGCGAGAAGCUGAACUGCAUUAUCAACUGCAUCUCCUGCAUUAUGAGCUUGCUGCGCAUGUCCAGCUGCCGUGUGCCUGCCGCCGACGAUGUCCUGCCCGUGCUCAUUUAUGUGGUUAUAAUGGCAAAUCCACCCUAUCUGCUCUCUACCGUGGAGUAUAUUAGUUGCUUCCUGGGCAAGAAGCUCGACGGCGAGGAUGAGUUCUAUUGGACGCUGUUCGGUUCCGUAGUCAAGUUUAUCAAGACCAUGGACUACCUAGACUAAAUCAGUCUUCGCCGAGGUCGUUAGAUCAA